GCCCCGCCGUCCGCCUGUCCACAGUCAUUCUCUAUUGUCAUCGGGGUCCUGAUCCUGUAGGUGUCCCCGGCGGUGCCUGCUCCUGUCUCCCCGGUGCUGUGAGGCUUCGGUCGGUCUGUGUUCUCGAGUCACCAUGGCGGACGAUACGGAGCGGAGCGAGGGCCGCAUCGUGAAGAUGGAGGUGGACUACAGCGCCACUGUGGACCAGCGGCUGCCGGAGUGUGAGAAGCUGGCUGCGGAGGGAAAACUGCAGGAAGUGAUUGAGACGCUGCUCUCCCUGGAGAAACAGACCCGAACGGCGUCUGACAUGGUGUCCACGUCUCGUAUCCUGGUGGCGGUGGUGAAGAUGUGCUACGAGGCCAAGGAUUGGGACCUGCUGAACGAGAACAUCAUGCUGCUAUCAAAGAGGAGGAGCCAGCUGAAACAGGCAGUGGCUAAGAUGGUGCAGCAGUGCUGUAAGUACGUGGAGGAGAUCACAGACCUUCCCAUCAAGCUGCGGUUAAUCGACACGCUGAGGACCGUGACCGAGGGAAAGAUUUAUGUGGAGAUAGAGCGGGCUCGUCUGACCAAGACGCUGGGAGGCAUCAAAGAGCAGAGCGGGGAUGUGACCGAGGCGGCGGCCAUCCUGCAGGAGCUCCAGGUGGAGACAUACGGAUCGAUGGAGAAGAAGGAGAAGGUGGAGUUCAUCCUGGAGCAGAUGCGCCUGUGCCUGGCGGUGAAGGAUUAUAUCCGCACCCAGAUCAUCAGCAAGAAAAUAAACACCAAGUUCUUCCAGGAUGAGAACUCUGAGCAGCUGAAGCUGAAAUAUUACAACCUGAUGAUCCAGCUGGACCAGCACGAGGGCUCCUACCUGUCCAUCUGUAAGCACUACCGCGCCAUCUACGACACCCCCUGCAUCCAGGCCGAGAGCAACAAGUGGAAGCAGGCUCUGAAGAGCGUCGUCCUCUAUGUCAUCCUGUCCCCCUACGACAAUGAGCAGUCCGACCUGGUGCACAGGAUAAGCGCCGACAAGAAGCUGGAAGACAUCCCCAAAUACAAGGACCUCCUGAAGCUCUUCACCACCAUGGAGCUGAUGCGGUGGAACGUGCUGGUGGAGGAGUAUGGGAAGGAGCUGAGGGACGGAUCCUUGGACAGUGAGGCCACCGACGUCUUCAGCUACACGGAGGAGGGGGAGAAACACUGGAAGGACCUGAAGAACAGAGUGGUGGAGCACAAUAUAAGAAUUAUGGCGAAAUAUUACACACGGAUCACAAGGAAGAGAAUGGCGCAGCUCCUGGACCUCUCCAUCGAUGAAUCUGAAGAAUUUCUCUCCAAUUUAGUUGUUAACAAAACGAUCUACGCCAAGGUGGACCGCAUGGCCGGCAUCAUCAACUUCCAGAGGCCCAAGGACCCCAACGACCUCCUGAACGACUGGUCCCAGAAGCUGAACUCCCUGAUGGCGCUGGUGAACAAGACCACGCACCUGAUCGCCAAGGAGGAGAUGAUCCACAACCUGCAGUGAGGGGGCGCUGCGCUGUAUAAUAGGCUCUUGUUUUUUUUUUUUUUUUAAGUUUUGGAAUUUGCUUUAUGUUUUGUUGAAACCUUAAUAAUAAAAUCCAGAUGCACGAUGGUGAUCCGCGCCUCUUU